CCUGUUGGAAACCAUGUGCGGCCCCACAACUUGCAAGUAUCUCUUCUGAAGAUGAUGAUCUUUCCCCUUGGAACUAAUCGUGGCUGGAGCGAACAGCAGUUAGCCGCACUCUGGUGGGUACGGUUCCUCCAGAACCAGCUUGGACUCGAAGCGUAAGCUUUGCCGUGUUUUCUAAGGAUACCUGCGAUGCCGCCUGGGUCAUAAUUAUCUAUCUGAUUAUCUGUCAUUGCGGUGUAAUAGCCGUGAGUGUAGGAUCUUCGUGAUAUGUGGAGCAUUCCCUUUCGACGUUCCGGGUCGAUCAGACUAUCCAUUCGGGGGCUGGCUCUCGCACUUGCUACUAACCAUUCUCACUUUCGGCUACGCAUCAUUCUACGUAGCCGAGGCGCAGUCAUGUUCGCCCGGGGUCAACUAGCGCUUCUUGUGACAAGAAACCAAAGCUCCAAUCGUAUUACUACUUCAGAAUGGCCUGCCCGAUAUGCUGUGGCUGGCUGGAUCAGAUGAAAGGGCUCAGGUUUUCGUCUCUACAACAUCUGUUCUCUAUUGCAAUAGUCAUAGUCCGCCUCGAUGUUGGCGUGAUGGACAUGAGGAAGUAGGAGUCUGCUUGCGGAACGCUCCGCUCCUUUAACAUCGUGACCAGUGACUUAGUAAGGUGGCUCACAAGAGAUUACAUCGGACUUGACUGCAAAAAGGUGCGGCGAAACUCUCCGGACGAUCCAAACGAUAACGUUGUGCCGCCGAUAUUGUCGAGGGUGGUGCUGAU